AUGAUGCGGAGGUCGCAUAGAAAGAGCCGGAAAGGUUGUUUCGAAUGCAAGAGGCGACACAUCAGGUGUGAUGAGCAGCACCCCCAAUGCAUUGCCUGUCUGCGAGCUGAUCGGGUUUGCACAUACCCCGACACGCAAACGGGAGUCCAGCCAACCACGCCGGUACCUGCUUUGGCAUCAGUCCCCUCUUCUACUGGCUCCAACAGUCCGGCCGUAGACACCGCAGUCGGGACACCGACUAGUUCCAUCACUUCGCCGCAAACGCACUUCACCCAGCCGGUCGACCUUUUCGCGGAUAACGGCGACCUCAUCCACUCCGAUGGCAAUUGCAGCAUCAACUUUUCGCACUUGGAGCUAUUCAAUCACUUUACGAAUCAUUAUCAUCUCCUGUUCGGCGAUGAAGACAAUGAUAUGCCGCGAUGCCAGGUACAAGUCACCAUCAAAGCAGCAUUUCAAACACCUUACUUGAUGUACGAGAUUCUCGCGUUCUCGGCACGUCAAUUGAGCGUUGAGGCUGGCCCGGAAAAGUGCCAGUUCUACUCAGACCAGGCCACCAAAUUGCAAAGCCGCGCUAUCAACAUGUUCAACUCGGUCGCGCCGGUGCCAGAUGGGCCGAACUGUGUUGGCAUGUUCCUGUUCUCCACCCUCAUUGGCAUGCAUCUCAUGUCAGACACGAUAGCCUUCAGAGACUCUGAGCUGGAUCCCUUUUUGACACGGUUUCUGAACUACCUACGCCUCCAUCGUGGUGUACGAGCCAUCUCAAGCAACUGCUACAACCUGCUCAUCCAGUCGGAGCUAGAACCAGUCCUGGCGUGGGGUGUCAAGAUGGCCGGCGAAAAGGGUGAAGGUCACGAGUGCGACGCCGUCCGUCAGCUGAUAUCUGAAGCAAGUGACCUCUCGGAGGACGACAUCAACGCAAGCCACGGAGCCAUCGAACAUCUCCAGUUCGUGUUUGACGGCAGUGGGCCACAGCAGCAAUUAGGUCGUCGGGUUCAUAUGGCCUUUUCCUGGCCACUUUUGAUUUCCGAGGCCUUCACCGAGCUGCUCUACCAGCGAAGGCCUGUGGCGCUCAUCAUUCUCGCCUACUAUGCUGCCAUGCUUCACUAUUGUCGUGAUUUGUGGAUGGUGGGCAGCGCGGGACGACAUAUUGUUCGACUAAUCACCAAGUUCUUAGGCUCACAGUGGACUCCGUGGCUUGCUUGGCCAAACAAGGUGGUCAAUGAUGACUCGUGA